AUGUGUUUUAUCAAUCGUUUCCUGACCCUUGAUGACGAUAUUAUUCCAUACUUGUACGAAGCCGGUUUUGGUUACGUUGGCAUUGUAAUUAGUGGUACGAAGUUGCUUCCUCCAUUGAUAAAUGUGUUGCUAGAACAAUGGAGACCGGAGACGCACACGUUUCAUUUUCCUUGUGUUGAGGCGACUAUUACCCUUGAAGAUGUCACAUACUAUCUUGGGCUGCCUGUUGAUGAAAAUCCUAUUACCAGUAUUGCUCAUGGGAACUGGAAAAACUUGUGUGAGGAACUACUCGGACAUACUCCAACACCAGAUGAUUUGGAUGAAAGGAAGAUCUACAUUAAAUUUUUGGACGACAAAUUUACGCAGCUCCCCGUCGAUGCUGCUCUAAAAAUUAAACUACAAUUUGCUCGCGCUUAUAUUUUACAAGUUACUGGAGGGAUCUUGAUGCCUGAUAAAUCUCGAAACAAAGUGCAUCUGAUGUGGUUAUAUCAUCCACUCGAUUUACGGGCUGCUAAAAAUAAGAGUUGGAGAUCAACAGUGUUGGCUUUUUUGUUCCGAGAGCUAUGUAAAGAUGUUCAUCUGAACAAACAAGCAAUUGGAGGUUGUUUGAUGUUGUUACAAUCAUGA